AUGGCUUAAACCUAGAUUCAAUGUGAGUAGAAACAAUUCAUACAAAAUACAAUGAGACAGCCUUAUCAAAAAAUAGGAAAUGACAUUAGAGAAAAAGUGAUUUACGACAUAGUUUUCUAAGAAAAUUCGAUUAAACAAACAGCUUUAAAAUAUGGUUUGAAGUAUUCUACAGCCAAUGGUAUUGUGUAGACGUAUUAACAAUAAGGGAGGUCGAUGAAAAAGGAUAAGAGAAAUAAGAAACAAUAUUAUAAGAGAAACAAAAUUCUUGUCGUUGUCGAUCUCAAAAGUGGUGAUCUGAAUCUCUAUCAAUAACAAACAACAUCCAAUGUAUUAAUUAUAGAAUCCUCAAUCAACCCCCACAAUGUUGGUAACUUCAAAUAGCCAGAUUAAUUUCGUAAUUCUAAAGAGUGUACUUAAUAAUUCAUCCUUCAGGACAUAGAAUCUAUCUCGAACAAUUUAAUCUUUUGGAUGAAACAGAAUAUGAAAUUUGGAAAUAGCAAAAAUGAUGUUUCAUUUAAUAAUUUCAAAACUCAAAAAAGGUUGGCAAAAAACUAUAGUUCAUAAACCUAAUAGGAAAUUCAGCCAACUUGUUAAUUACACAAAGCAAUAAGGAGGGAAGAAUUUUAGAAAAAAUAUACAUCUAACUCCUUAAAUUAUGAGAAGAAUAAAAAAGAUGAAGAACACAUUGAUGAAGAGUAGUCUGAUUAAAUGAAGAAUUAUUUUGAAUUGCCUGUCAAUAGUUUGGAUAAAAAUUAUACUAUCGACAGAUAGUUAGGUAAUAUGCUUAGUUUAUGGAAAUAGUAAAUUUUUUUAAUGUCAUAAUAAUGA